CAGGAACAUGACCUAUUGUAAAUUGAUGGGUAUUGGCACCGUGCUUAGCCCGGAUCCUUUAAGCAUAAUCUCUCAUGUAACAGGCAUCUCAUGGAUCGCGGAUCUCGCUUAAGCAAUACUUGAGUUGACAUUGAAUAUCACAGAGCGGCUUAUACCCCGCAACUGUGGCCUUCUACCCCACAAACUACUUAGCUCUAUCCGAACUUUUUCGAUAGUGUACUGAAUCUGGGGAAGGCUCUGGGCAAAAUGCUGGGAUGAAAGGCAUGCGUUGCGAAGUUCACGGACGUCAUGAACAUGCAGAAGCGUAUGAGCUCGGCUGAAUGAAAAGCGAGAAAAACAGAUGAAGGAUUUUGUACGUGAGAUUUACAUAUAAAAGGAACGAAGGCCCUCGCAUAAAAGACAUCACUGCAACAUCAGAUCUGGACGCGACGUGUGUAAGUGUUUCCGACAAAGCCACACCCCCAGAUCCUGGCACAUCAUGUUUUUCAAGAUUGCAAAAGCGAUAGUGUUUGUGGCAACUGUGGGAGCCACUACCGUUCCUGAUCCUCCAAACCCGGAAUUCUUCGAUAUCAGUCAACUCACGCUCCCACCUGCUAUCAGCAACACAUCAACAGGCGCUUGCACCGCAGCAAUCAAUCCUCGCCGCACGGGAUGCAUUUACUACCAGGAGAACUACGACUUCCAGUCUGGUGACUUCACCCCAGAUGGUAAACAUGUUGUUGUCAGUGUGAACUUCACUGGAGCUCCUGCAGCACCCGAUCCUGCCAGCAUCUAUUCAGGUGCUCAAGUCAUUCUCAUCACGGCUGAUGGUACCAACUUUCCCAAUGGCGAUGCAUGGAAAUGUAUGAGUUGCGCCGUACCCGCUGAGAACAAGCAGUCACUCGACCCUGUGAUUGACUACCCUCAUGUGUACCGAGGCGGAACCAAGAUCUUGUGGGGACACAAUGUCCUCGACUGCAAUGGUGAACUACUUGCUGGUUCUUCGUGCACCCCCAAUGGCACCAACAUCUAUCCCAUUUUCUGGCCUAUUUCAACCAACGCGACGGCUCGAGGUGGCGUACCCCGAGAACUACGUCUUCAUCCAGAUGACAGACACAUUUUAUGGAGUUCUCUGUCGGCCAAUGGACAGUCUACCUACACGGGAAGACUGCAGUUCAAUGCUGAACCAACCAGUGGCUCACUUCGCGUCCCGCGUUAUGAUCUUGUUGAUGUCAACCUGCUUGCCAAAGCGAACAGCACUCCAGCGAUCUAUGCCGAGGGUAACGAACUCAAGAUCAAUCCCAACCCUCUCUCACUCGGUGAGCUUCGCGGUUGGUCUGGUAAUGGAGAAGAGAUCCUCUAUCUGGGAACCAAUGUGGAAGCGAAUAAUGUCGACCUCUGGGCUAUUCACGUAGUCACUGGUGUCAGGCGUCGUAUCACCAGUCACCCCGAAUAUGUUGACCCUGUCGUAUCUUCUGCUGAUAACAAAAACUAUCUCAUCAUGGACACUCGUGGCUCCAACCGCCAGAUGUGGAUGUCUGGUAUGCGCGCCAUUCCUCCGAUCCUCGACUUGGUUGUUGUUCUCCUUGCAGUCUCGACCAGAAACAAUGGACCGCGUCGAUUCUUCCAGCCAAUUCUCCUCGACCACUACGGCGAUCGCAGCGAGGUCGGCUAUUAUGGCCAGCGUAUCAACACAGCAGGUGACUUGAGCAGUGGCUCCAUCAACGAUCCCAACUGGAACGGCAGGGCAGACGGAGGCUUCUCCCUCGAUGGAACAAAGAUUGUUUACUGGCAAGCACUCGUCACUGCUCCCUCGUGCGGCGGUGUCAAUCCACUCCCAUGCCCAGUUUCGACCACUGAGGGUGGUGCCAACUAUCGUGUCAUGCUCGCCAAACGAAUCGGUCAUGCCCCCACGCAUCCUGCUCCAGUCUUCAAGAUUCCAGACGUCAUCCCUUGGGCAACACCAUUCCCUCCAGGCUCCACGGUACCCGCCGAUUUGACGCUCGCCCCUGGACACUAUACGCUGUACGGCAAAGCUCAUGGCUCGGCGGAUGUGGUCUACGCACCAGACAGCGUGAGUGUCAGGUACAGCAACUACAGCGACGACUAUAAGCAUAUUCUCGACGGGUACGAAAACGCUACCUCGUCCGUUAGCCCUCCAAAUUUCUUCCUCGUCCGUGUCUCUUGGUUUUCGGAUAUCAUUCAGACAGGCAAGGUGUUUGGCACGAAGAAGACCAGUCCAGGUGGAUUCCAUUCGGAGAUUGAUGCCAUGAUCAACAUCUUCUCUGCGAAUGGAUCGCUGACGACGACUUUGGACGGGGUUGAGCAUCAUCAGCCUUUGAACUUUUCUUAGAGGGGGAUUGAUGAAGAUGUAUUGUAAUUGGAAUUGGUCUUACCAAUUCGGGGGAUUUUGAGACGUAGUACAUGAGAAGUAAAGCGAAUUCAGAUUAGAUAAUGAGAAG